AUGCCCGUCCCGCGUGUCCCGCCUUCGGGAGUCUGGUGCCCCGCCGUGACCCUCUAUGAACCGGGCACGGAUAAGCUCGACCUGGAAGCCCAGGCGUUGUGGUUUUCGUACCUGGGGAAGCGUACCGGCCUCGCAGGGCUUGUCGUGCUCGGCACCAACGCCGAGACGUUCCUGCUGACGCGGGAAGAGCGGCGAGAACUGCUCGUCCUGGCCCGCAGAGUCCUCGGCCCGGACUACCCCAUCAUGGCCGGCGUAGGUGGCCACUCGACGCGGCAGGUGGAGGAGUUCAUUGCCGACGCGGUGGAUGCCGGCGCCGACUACGUGCUCGUCCUGCCCCCGGGGUAUUUCAAGGUUGCGGAUCCGGUGCAGGCGAGGCAGGUGGUGGAGGGCUUCUACCGUGACGUCUCUCGGGCUGCUGCUGCUGAGUCUGAGAAAGCCGGGAGGGAGGUGGGAGUUGUGGUGUACAAUUUCCCUGGGGUCUGUAACGGUGUUGACUUGGAUAGUGAAGCCAUCGCGACCCUGGUGAGGCGGCAUAACAAUGUCGUCGGCGUCAAACUUACAUGUGGAAGCGUGGCCAAGAUUACGCGGCUGGCAGCCGAGUUUCCGCCCGAAAGGUUUGCUGUGUUUGGGGGGCAGAGCGAUUUCUUGAUCGGGGGGCUAGCGGUUGGGAGCGCUGGGUGCAUCGCGGCGUUUGCGAAUGUGGUUCCCAAGAUCAUCGUGGGGAUCUACAAUUUCUACAAGGCCGGAAAGACGCAGGAAGCGCUGGAGCUGCACAGGAAAGCUGCACUGGCGGAACAGGCCUUGAAGAGUGGAGGGAUUGCGGCAACAAAGUACGCUGCAGCCGUUAUCACAGCGCCCAAGGCUGGCAUCGAAGAGGCCGAGGAGAAGAUGAGACCAAGAAGGCCAUACUUGCCCGUUCCGGAGCGCGUGCAGAGCGCAAUCAGAGACGCGCUAUCUCAAGUCGCUGAUAUUGAGUCGUCAGUAGAUCUACAGACAGAAGGAAACUAG